AUGCUCCCCUCUGAGCAAUCUACGGCUGAAGGAGCGACCGUCGCUGCUCACGAUGCAAGCUCAAUCACCGCUCCAGCGCCAAGGCACCAACGUCGAGAUCCGUUGACGGGAGAUUUCAUUCAUGACGAUGUCGAGGGUUCUGAUCAGGACCCCUUCAGCAAUUUGGCCAAAGAUCGAGACAGGAAGCCCAGACCGGAGAAGCCGGAUCCUGAAAAGCUUCAGAUCAGUAGCAGAGAGCUCAACACGCAGCUCGUUCAGGGCAAGUCGCUCGAUGAGUAUUCGACAACACCCACAAAUGCCCCUUCCCAUGGAUCUUCUGGCUACCAAUGGCGCAUGAUGAAGCUCAGAAGGGUGUACGAGACAGCAGAGGAGCAGAACAGACCCUUGGAGGAAGUCGCGCUGGAGAGGUAUGCUAGCAUGGCCGACUUCAACGAGGCUCGAGCGGAGAGGCAAUUCAUCGAAGAUCGGUCACAGACUCGCGGUGCAGGGGGUUCUGGCAGAAACACGCCGAACGCAGCGAGCGCCUCCAGAAAAGGCUUCAUGUUCAGCACGCCGGGAGGAAGUGAAGGAGGAUCGAGGCCGAGCAGCAGGGCUAGCUUCAGAAGACCUGGCGAGAGCAGCAAUCCCGGGACUCCAUCUGCACAACUGCCACCCUCCGUUUCGACACGGUUUCAGCAGCGCGGUUUCGAGAGUCCGGCAAAUGGUAGCAAGCCCGGCACACCCAUUCCGUCAGUCUUCACACCCACCGUGCCGCGUCGCUCGCAGCUUUCGCAGCAAGAGCAGCGCGCAGACCGGAAUGACCUGCCAGCCGAUCAGGCCACUGCACCAUAUCAGAGAACCGCAACGGCUGCAGAGUCCAGCAGCGAAACUGCGGCACCGCCCAUGGAUGCCACUGCGCUGAACAGACUAGAAGCAAAGGUGCUGCGAGCAGAAUUGACGGGUUCGUCUCAGGCCACCAGCUUGCGCGCCAAGCUCGAAAGGGAGAAGGCGAGAUCAGGUACGGGGGGUGAUAGAGGAGGAGGCUUUCCUACCGAUGCACAGCAUAUACGGCCUGAUGCUGAUGAGGGCGCAACAGUACAGGUUCUUCCCACUUUGGACGCGCGCGGACGCCUAUAUGAUGUGGGAUCUGGUCAGGCUGCUCAGAAUCCCACGUCGAUUACAAGCGGCAAUCGCUUGGCGGAAAAGAACAAUCCUGAUCGCAAAAGGUUCGAAUCUCAUGAUAAAAAGACGGGCGAGCGUCUGCGCUACAAUGCUGACGACGACGAGGUAACACUUGCUGAGCUGGUGCGGCAAGAACGAUUUGGAGCGGGAAGCUCUGACCAGAAAGACAUGGACGCCGAAUUUGCUAAGCGCAUCAUGAACGACUCGAACUUUAAGAACGAUUUGGAUUACAUGGACGAGAAUGUAGAGAGGUUGGGAAGGAAAAAGAUGAAGACGGAUGCGAUGAAGAGGCAAUUUGCCAUUCAGGACUUUGCCAAAACCAAGAAAGCCUUGGAUGCGUGUCAGUACUGUUGGCAGGAGGAGGGCGCGAAGCCUCCCCGAGCACCAGUUGUCAGCAGCGGAACGCUCUGCUACCUCGCUCUGCCAGAGGGCGAAGCGUUGGUGGACGGCCACUGCUUCAUCGUGCCUAUGCAGCACUACCUCAGCUCGCUGGAAGCGGAUGAUGACACCUGGGACGAAAUCAAGAAUUUCAUGAAGUGUCUCAUGCAGAUGGCGCAUGCUCGCCAACAGUCCUACAUCUUUUGCGAGACGGUCAGAUCGAUCAAGCAUCAGCGGCACACUGCCAUCGAAGCUAUCCCCGUUCCUCACGAUCUCUUCAGCGAGCUGCCCGCAUCGUUCAAGCAAGAAAUUUUGACCGUCGAUGAAGAAUGGUCCCAGAACAAAAAGCUCAUCGAAUUCACUUCUGCAAGACCUUUUCGCAAAUCUUUGGUGCCGAACCUACCUCACUUUGCCGUCAUGUGGGACUACAAGGGCGAAAAGGGUUAUGGGCACAUCAUAGAAGAGGGCGAUUUGAUGGAAGGAGACGAGGACACGUACGGCUACAAGGGCGCAUCCAAAGGUGGCAACACUUUUCCCAAAUACUUCGCGGCCGAGAUCAUUGGUCAGCUGCUUGAUCUCGAGCCUAGGCAGUGGCGCAAACCUCGAUGGCUGGACGCUAAUCAACAGACGCAAGCUAUUUCCGCAUUCAAGCACAAGGGUUGGUCGGUGGUCGACUGGACUAAGAUGAUCGGCGUCCAACCAAAUUGA